GGCCUAGCAGUGCCCCAAACGCGCUUGUGCGUGGGGGGAACUGGUGCUGCAUUUCGUCGCGGAGGUCGUCUGCGCUCGAAGAAUCAGUCAGUGGGUGGGGGGAGUGCGAGAUAUUACGGAUUUGCGGCCGUGCAUCGCGAAGCUUUGAUCUGAUCUGAGUCCCUGCACUCACCAUGUUCCAUGCAUAUUUGAGCACGCGCGUGGUGUUGGUUCCCGGGGCUAUUCGUCAGUCUAGGAGAUUCAUAUCAUUGUCACCAACUCAGUUGAAAGUUAAUGCAUGUUCAAUUUAUAAGGAAGACCACAAAGAGAUACAGAACACCCUGAAAAAGAUAAUAGACAAGGAUAUCAACCCACAUGUAGAUCAGUGGGAGGCAGAGGGCAAAUUCCCUGCCAGAGAGGUCUUCAAGAAGCUGGGCAGUGCUGGGCUGCUGGGAGUAACCAAACCAACAGGGUAUGGCGGUUUGGGCCUGGACCAGACAUAUGAGGCAGCUGUGCUGGAGCAGCUGGGCCACAUCCCCUGUGGUGGCGUGCCCAUGGGCAUUGGCAUCCAGAUAGCCGUCUCCACGCCCAUCCUCGCUAGGUGCGGCAGUGACCGCCUGAAGCGUGAGUUCCUGGCGCCUUCGGUGGCCGGUGACCUGGUCUCCUGCCUGGGCGUCAGUGAGCCUGGCUCCGGCUCCGACGUGGCCUCCAUCCAGACGAGGGCCGAGCGGAAGGGCGAUGACUUGGUCAUCAACGGCCAGAAGAUGUGGAUCACUAACGGCUGUCAGGCCGACUGGAUCUGCCUGCUGGCCAACACCAAUAAGGGCGCGCCGCACAAGAGCAAGUCACUCAUCUGCGUGCCCAUGGAUACUAAGGGCGUGACGAUCGCCAAGCGGAUCGACAAGAUGGGCAUGCGCAGCUCGGACACGGCGCAGAUCUUCUUCGAGGACGUGCGCGUGCCGGCCGACAACAUCAUCGGCGAAGAGGGCAAGGGUUUCACCUACCAGAUGGAGCAGUUCCAGGAGGAGCGGAUGGCCGGCAUCGCGCUCAGCCUGGUGCCGAUGGAGCUCUGCAUUCAACAGACUAUUGAGUACACGCGCCAGCGCAAAGCGUUUGGCAAGUCGAUCCUCGACAACCAGGUGGUGCACUUCACACUGGCCGAGCUGCAAACCGAGGUGGAGCUGCUGCGGUCGCUGCUCUACCGAUCCGUUGAGUCGUUCGUGCAGGGCGAGGACGUGACGGAGCUGGUGUCGAUGGGCAAGCUGAAGUCCGGCCGCCUGGUGCGCGAGGUGUCCGACAAGUGUCUCCAGUUCUGGGGUGGCAUGGGCUUCACCAACGAGGUGCUUGUCAGCCGCUUUUACCGGGACCUCCGCCUCCUCUCCAUCGGAGCGGGCGCCGACGAGGUCAUGCUCAGCAUCAUUGCCAAGUACAUGGGAACGCUGCCCAAGCCGGGAAAAUAGCCAUGUGCGAGCCGCCCGGGAGCUUUGUGGGACGUCUGUGAGCUCGCCUUUGACUGACGGGCGUGGAGAGAAAUCAUAUUCGGGGAAUGUUACGGCGGAGAAACGUGACACGGUGUGCAUCUGCGCAUUGCGUGAGAGGAGGCUUGGACAAAAAGUUGCGGGGGACUGGUUGUACCGUAUCAACGACCACACAGUUAAGCGUUUGUUGGGCACUGAGCUAGGUUAACAAUAAGUCGUAAUGGCUGCCAUUGUGGAUGGAUUGUCUUGCGCAAUCAAAUUUGCAUUCUUCGAGUCGAAUUUGUGAUGGAUGGAGUUGUUGAUUCUGAUGUGAGCAAGAUAAUAUAUUUUGAUAUAGGUCGUGUUCGAAAUAGAAACGUUGGCUUUUAGAAAUGUGGCACGGUUUAGUUCAUUUUUGUGUGGUUUCUUCGUCUUCGUUCGAUUUACAGUGGUUAAAAAUGUGGUUUGUGUGACAAGGGUAGUUUUCUCGUGGCACCAUUCGUUUAUUUAGGUGACCCCUGGUUCUCGACAGCGAUGUUGUCCCUUUUGUCUCGCCGAUGUCGAGAGUCUUGUUGAAAUUGGACAAUUAGUGCCAACCCAACUUACUGUUUCAUUGCGCUGGCGUGGCUCAAUUUACUGGAACACUCACUAUGCACGCGAAGUUUGUAGGUUGUUUGUAAAAGAUGCCGUGAAUUCCGUGUUUGCCGCCAUAAGCUUGAGCGAUCAGACAGCUAAUGACGGAAUUGUAUCAUGUGACAGGUAAAUAAAGUAUGUAAUACAA